AUGAGGAGAUAUCUGGUGUCUCAUUCGUGGCAGGUCCUGAAGAAGGAACUGGGGCUGUACCGGCUCACCAUGGAUAUUGUUGUGAUGAUCCGAGUGUGUAAAAUAUUCCGCCAAGGCCUCAGGGGAUUCCGGGAAUAUCAGAUCAUCGAGACUACUCACAGAAGGCACCCUAUCUUCUCCUUCUGGGAUAAAAAGAAGCAAGGCCGGGUCACAUUUGAUACCAUGGACUUCAUUGCAGAGUCGGGUCACUUCCCUCCCAGGGCCAUUCAGAUUGCACAGAAGAAGCCUUCUUGGAGGGAGGAGCACGAGAUCCAGGCCCUCUGCAACCUCCUGCAGUUUCUGGAUAGCUACCGGAACUACUCAGAGACUCUGCAGCUGCUUCUGGCCAAAGUCAUGCGCUUUGAACGGUUUGGUCGCAGGCGUGUGAUUAUCAAGAAGGGGCAGAGGAGCAACAGCUUUUAUUUCGUCUACCUGGGCACGGUCGCAAUGACCGAGGACGAGGAUGGCAGCAGUGCCUUCCUGGACCCCCACCCAACGUUGCUGCACAAGGGCAGCUGUUUUGGGGAAAUGAGUCUUCUGAGUUCUUCAGUCAGGAGGGCCACUGUGGUCUGCAUGGAAGAAACAGAGUUCUUGGUUGUCGACAAAGAGGAUUUCUUUGCUUAUAAACUGGACAGAGAAGUGCAAAAGGAUGCUCAGUAUCGGUUUGAGUUUUUUAGGAAGAUGGAUCUGUUUCAGUCGUGGUCCGAUGAGAAGCUCUGGAAGCUUGUAGCCCUGGGGAAGGUGGAGAAAUUCUCCUAUGGUCAGGUGAUCUCCAAAGACUUUGUGGAAUCAUCCUCCAUCAUGUUUGUCUGCAAGGGCAGCUGUGAAGUCCUGCGGCUGAUAGACCUCGGGACCUCGCCUUUCUACCACAAGUGGAUCUGGCAGCAUCUGGAGCUGAUAGACGACAGACCUCUGGAGACCCACCUCAACAAACCUUCUCCUAUGGAGAGAUUUAAGGAAUUCCAGAUCAAAUCAUACCCUGUACAGGACUUUAGCUCUCUGAAACUUCUGCAUCUCCAGAAAGCCUGGGAGCAACAGGAGACCAGCUUCAGUAAGAAGAUUAAAACCUCAGGAAAUAGUCUCCCAAAGACCUUGGGCCCAAAGAUCAAAUCCAGGUGGCCUCACUCGAUCGAAUGUUCCAUGAUCAAUACCAAGUAUGGUGAUCUCCCCAAGGAGGCUGCAGUGGGGGCCUACAUGAAGAUCCACACAGUGGAGCAAGGAGAAAUUGUGGGCCUUCACCAGAUCCUCCUCCCUGAGAAGCAACAUGACAUGCGGCCCUUGAUCCUCGCGAGCCUGGGAGCUGAGGUGAUACGGAUGAGGAAGGAAAGUUUCUGUGAGCUGAUUGACAGCGAGGUAGUAGAAAAGUUGUCCAAGUUCAAUAUCAAGUACCCCAGCGAUGAAGAUAUGUGCCAGAAGUUCCUCAAGGAGAACAGCUGGAAUAUCUUUCGGAAGGACCUGGUGCGGCUGCUGGUGGAGUCGCGCCAACAUCCACCAUUCACCCCAAUCCGGCCCAAGAAGAAAGGGAUCUUCAACCCCAAGUCUCUGAGGUUGGAUUUGUGUAGCUUCAACAAAAAGACUAAACCUAAUUAUCCCAUUUUUAUGGCACCCCAGAAAUACUUUCCCCCAUUGAGGAUUGUCCAAGCCAUCACAGCACCCCGAUACAAAAUCCAAGAACUCAUGCCUCAGUAUAAGAAUGCGGGGGUCCUUGUUUAG